AGGUCGGCAUGCCGCCCGCGCGCCGCGAUUUCGUCGCUGUCGAGCACCCGUGCUGGGUGCGGGAUUCGCGACGCGCCGUCGCCUCGCUCGGCGGCGCGCGCGAGGUCGCUCGCGCCUUUGCCAACCCGCCGCACAUCCUGCAGUGCUCGCUCCGGCCAGCGGACCCGCUGUCGCACCCGCUGUACGGCGAGCGGGUCGCACGACCGGCGGUGCUGCUGCGAGUGCGGCGGCGCCGCGCCCGCGACGGCGAGCCGGCCGGGCCGGCCCAGGCCGAGGUGGUCGGCGCUCUCUCGCAAAGCGUUCGCUUCUCUGGCCUCGCCGACCUGCAGCACGUCUCGAGCCCGGCGCUCAUCUCGGCGCUCUCGCGGCCGUGGGAGCAGGCGCCGCCGGCGGCGGCGGCGGUGGGCGGCGGCGGGCCCACCUCCGCGCCGCCGCCGGCCUCCUCUGAGCCACGAGAGGGCGCGCCGCCGCCACAAGCCGCCGUGGCGCCUCCACCGGGCGAGGGCGUGCCGAUCCCUCACGCUCUGGCGGGGUACGCGCUCUCCAUCCCUCCGUCGAGCUUCCUCUCCAGCGACCUGCCGCAUGACCUGCUCCCGCGCCGGCCCGGCCUCGCCGCGAGACAGCAGGCUGCGCCGCGGCUGGCGCCGCCGCCAAAGCGGCGCAGGGCCGCCCCGCAGGGCCGCCGGAUGCACUUUGGCCGCGCGGUUGGCUUUGCGAGCGACGCCGCGCCCCGCGGGCCUCCGGAGCCGAUCCGCGCCACCAUCGACGCCGCCGACCCGCUCUACACCCUCCUGCGCGCUCGCUUCCAGCAGCGGCCGAUCUGGUCGCGCGGCGCUCUCAAGGCGUCGCUGCCGGCCGACCCGCUCCGCAGCGAGGACAAGCUGCGCUUCCUGCUGCCGCAGCUCGGCUACUACUUCAGCUCGGGGCCGUGGCGCAACUGCUGGCGCCGCGAGCGGCUGGAGGCGCGAGCCGCGCGAAACUGCUGGAUCGCGUACGGGUACGACCCGCGCCACACGCCCGACGCGCGCCUCUUCCAGGUCCUCGACUUGCGCCUCCCGACCGAGCUCGACUCGCUCGUGCCCCGCAAGAGCGAGAAGGCAGACGUCGCCUUCCCGCGCAGGCUGCGACCUCUGGCGCCGCAGAAGCCACCCCAGGGCGGCGCGGGCGGAGGCGGCGGCGGCGGCAGCGGCGGCGGCGGAGCUGCGCCCGACGACCGCCAGCUGCCGACUCAGAGGGUCGUGUACUUGCAGUUGUGCGACCUGAAGGGGGAGGCGAGCACGCAGCUUGCGAUCAAGCAGCUGGUGCACGAGACGCCGGUGCCGCGCGGGGGGCGGUGCGACCAGCGGCUUGGCUGGUACGACGACAAGACGAUCCAGCGGCUGCGCGGCGCCGUCAAGGACUCGAUGCGCGGGCUCGCAAAGGAGGUGGGCGGGGCCGGCGGCGGCGGGUGGGGCGGGGAGGCGGGCGGGGCGGCGGCGGGCGAGGAGGAGGAGGAGGAGGAGGAGGCGCGAGGGAGGGGGGACGGGGACGGGGGGACCGAGGGAGACGGAGACGCAGAGGAAGAGGGACACGGGGACGGGGAGGCGGAGAUGGAGACCGAUGCGGCGGAGCAGGCUGAGGACGCGCCGCCCGCGCCCGCGCCGGCUCCGGCCGACGCGGUGCAGCCGAGGGCGCCGCCGGGCGCGGCUGGUGGCGGCGGGAGUCUGCCCGCAGCCCUCCCGUCCGGCGCGGGCGGCGGCUUCGCACUGUCCGCAAUUGGCAUCUUUGGCGACGACGAGGACGAGGACGAGGAGGACGAGGAGGCGGGCGCGGGGGCGCACAGCGAGAUCGACGACGGCGACGAGGUCGAGGUGGCCGGGGAAGAGGACGACGAGGAGGACGACGAGGAGGACGACGAGGAGGACGACGAGGAGGACGAGCUCGAGUUUGCCGACGAGGCCUGACGCCUGAGCCCUGGGCGGGGGCGAGGCCCGUCCUCGGCGCUUUGUCGUGUGUAGUGAGAAACUGUUCUGCUUCACUGGCCGUAUUUGGCAGGGCUUGUACGUAGCGCGUAGA